AUGGGUACAACAACAACACCACAACCAUCCAGCAUGAUCAAAACAAUGCUAACAACAACAACAACAACUGUUACCUCGCAUCAAGCAGGGAUUCCAGUAGCAACAUCCAGUGGAACUACUCCCAGAUCUUUGGACAGAUGUGAAGAGAAGGGCUCACAGUCGCAACACACAUCUACAUCCAACACAACUGCACCAAACACAGCGCAACAAACAUCUACAUCCAACACACCUGCACCAAACACAACAAACAUAGCACAACAAACAUCUACAUCCAACACACCUGCACCAAGUUCAACAAACACAGCGCAACAACCAUCUACAUCCAACACACCUACACCAAAAACAUCAAACACAGCGCAACAAACAUCUACAUCCAACACACCUACACCAAACACAACGCACACAACGCAACAAACAUCUACAUCGAACAUACCUACACCAAACACACCAAACACAGUGCAACAAACGUCUACAUCAAACACACCUACCACUCUCACUAACAACGCAGCGCUACAAACAACCGCAUCAAUCCCACCUACUAGAACUUCAAUCAACACUGAAAGUCGAUGGAUUCGGGACAAUCUCAUUGAGUAUUUCGUCAACUACAAUAACUUAACACUCUCCGAAGCACGGGCAUUCUGCAAGAUGUCAAACGCGACGCUGGUUGCGUUUCUGGACGCAUAUCAGUACUUUAAGCUUACCGGCAGACUUAAACUUGAAGCGGCUGGAUAUUGGAUCGACGGCGCCAUGCCUGUUGACAACUCUACGUGUCUGAAGUUGAACACAUCUGAAGGCAGUCUUCAGUCAAGUGACUGCAGUGAACUGGCCUACAGUAUCUGUAACAGAUUUGCAUUCCAAAACAACAUUUCACAGGUUCUGGAGCGACCAGAGUUUGUUGAGAUGAUUCGAGAGAUGACAAUUGUGAAAAACAUGACGUCAAUGGCAACGAGAAAACUGACGUCUGCUGAAGACAAGAGGACCGUUGCUAAGGUCGGCGGAACUGUCGCCAUUUGCAUAAUGGCGGGAUUAUUCUUGAUUAUCUUCUUGAGCGAUUGUUCGCGGAUACUGAAAACACUUUUUAAGUAGAAUGACUUAAUGCCUGUGCAUAAAUAAACAGGCAUAAAUUAUUUACGAAGAAAGUGCUUAUUUCUCUGAUUGCAUGAC